CUCCGCCGGGUAAGCGGCAAUCUGCGGGUCGACGAUUCGAGUCCCGCGCGCGUUCGAAAGACGACGGUGCGUUAGGUGCGUGCACGCGUAUUUCUCUGCCGCGCGGUUUCGCGCUCAAACGUCGCGGGCGCGCCGGUGUGUCAUGUGGAUUUACGUCGCGUCGCCGAGGACGGACGGAGCGACUUGGAGACGUCGAACGACGGCGACAUCGGCGACGGGGGAGAGAUAUCGAUACUAUGAGGCCUCACGAAUGGAUGCGUAGCACAUCCCGAAACAGAUUCGAAGGCACUGGUACGGUCCAGUCAAAUGAAUGGACGUAUGGAAGGGCUCGAUACGAAUCUAAAGAAGUUCGUGCUCCACGGUUUAUUUCGGCGAGAUAAACACGGGUUCCGGGGUGGGAGAGCUAACCACCGCCUCGGCGGGGGGUGGUGGCGAAGGUCUCGCCCCGACUCCAACCCCCGCCAACGGCAGCAACAGCAGUGGCAGCAGCGUUAGUACCACCACCCCCAGCAGCCUGAGCACCGCUACAACUACGACUACCACCUCCACUACCAGCAUCGCUACCAUCCUGCAGGUUGCAACGGGGGCUGAACCGCCCCGGCACAUGGAGACACCCCCGACGAUGAUCCCCGACCAGCAGGCACCCGCCUCCGGCCAUCACUAUCACCAUCAUCAUCAUCAUCAUCAUCAUCAUCGACAUCACCGUAGUACGUCUACGACUAGCCAUGAACCGGCAACAAACACCCCGGACGAGUUCGCACGGAAGCGAAAGCUGUCUUGCCAUGCUGGAAGCGAUCUCCUGGACGAUCUGAGGGACGAUGCCAAAUCUAUUCGCACAAAUGACGACAGUAAAAAAUCCCGAAUUCACGUAGAUCAAAUCUUCCCAAAAAAUCCGCUGAAGUUGACGAGAUGUGUGUUAUUAUACCAUAUCAUUCUCACCGGUAGCUUGGCACGAUUCCGAUCUUGUUUGCAUGGAACGACGAUGGCAAUAGGAUUCCGCGCAAUUAACGCAACGAAGGUACAGAACCACAGUGAAAUUGAAAAACGCAGGAGAGACAAAAUGAACACGUACAUCACCGAGCUCUCGGCGAUGGUGCCAAUGUGUCACGCGAUGUCGCGAAAGCUGGACAAGUUGACCGUGCUGCGAAUGGCGGUGCAGCAUCUCAAAACCAUCCUUGGUGCGGUUACUUCAUAUACGGAAGGUCACUAUAAACCUGCGUUUCUCAGUGAUCAGGAACUCAAGACGCUCAUACUUCAAGCCGCGGAGGGCUUUGUCUUUGUAGUGGGCUGCGAUCGCGGAAGAAUUCUCUACGUUUCCGAAUCCGUCUCGCAAACUCUCAAUUAUUCUCAGGGUGACUUGUUGGGUCAAAGCUGGUUCGACAUUCUGCAUCCGAAGGAUGUCGCUAAAGUAAAGGAGCAGCUCUCGUCCUCCGAUCUCAGUCCGAGGGAGCGAUUGAUCGAUGCGAAAACGAUGUUACCGGUAAAAACCGACGUGCCCCAAGGAGUAUCACGACUUUGUCCUGGUGCGCGAAGAUCCUUCUUUUGUCGGAUGAAGCGUAAAGUCGAUGGGGUCCGUUGCGAUGAGAUGCAGGUGAAAGAGGAAGUCGACACUACCACUGGCUGCCACAGGCGGAAGAAGCAGCAAAACGUAGAUCGGAAGUAUUGCGUAAUUCAAUGCACGGGUUAUCUAAAAUCCUGGGCACCUGCAAAGAUCGGUCUCGAAGAGCAGGAGGGCGAGGCCGACGGUGAAGCUUGCAAUUUGUCUUGCCUGAUCGCAGUCGGUCGGGUUCAAAUGGCAAUAUCGACGACAACAUUGCCGUCGAGGAAGCCCCAUUUGAGACCCAUACAAUUCGUCUCGCGACAUGCGAUGGAUGGCAAAUUUCUGUUUGUGGACCAAAGAGCUACUCCAGUAUUGGGCUUUCUACCUCAAGAACUACUGGGCACCAGUAUGUACGAAUACUAUCACCACGAUGAUAUUCCCCAUCUAGCAGAGUCUCACAAAGCCGCGUUGCAGACCCCCGAGCGCAUUACGACGCAGAUCUAUAGGUUCAGAAGUAAGGAUGCGAAUUUUGUCAGACUGCAAUCCGAGUGGAAGUCCUUCAGAAAUCCAUGGACCAAAGACAUCGAGUAUUUAAUCGCCAAGAAUUCUGCUAUCUUUUGCGAUGCGUUGAGUGGAAAUAACGGAUCCGAGGAUUCGAGCGUGCAGGACAACUAUGAUUACUUUACGCAGAGUAAUGAUGGAUUAGAGAGACUAAUCUCGAGCCACGUGGAGGUAAGUAAGAUCGGUCGGCAGAUAGCGGAAGAAGUACUGGACCUACAAAAACGCGGGGAAGAUUCUUCCUCGGGUAGUAGUCCUGGUCCAGCUGUGACAGAGCCCGCUUUAUUAAACACCGAGUCGCAAAUCACGACGACGACAUCGCCGGAGAGGGUACCCGACGUGUCCCGGACAGGUGGCAUCAGCAACGACAAUUGUAGCAACAAUCCCACAUCAACGUUCAACCAUGUAGCGAACAACGUGCAGCUCAACAGCAUCGCGAAUGACCAAGGAGCGUCACCAGACGAAGACAUGAUGGAUAUGAUUGGUGGCACUGCGAUUAAUGAGUCGCCAAAUCCGAUCCCGUCUGAUGGCAACGACGAGGCAGCGAUGGCUGUCAUUAUGAGCCUGCUGGAGGCGGACGCGGGCCUAGGUGGUCCUGUGGAUUUUUCCGGAUUGCCUUGGCCGUUGCCAUAGUGUUGUACACAUAUUUUAGAAUGCGGAUAUUAGACGUUUUGAUCAAAAUGCUCGAAAUAAGACUUGGUGCUGAAAAAAGGUGCUUGUAAGUAAUACGGACUGCAUUAAAUUAAGCAAACUGUGUAGUUUCUAAACGGAAUCGCGAUCGAUUUAAUUGAUGAUCGUUUUUUCCAAUGAAGUAAAAAUAAUCGUGAACUCAUACAACUAUGUAUAUAGUUAUCUCUCGUCAAUCUUUUUGAAAAAGGGAUGUUCGGCGAGGUAAUUUGCGAUAAUCAACAACGAGAAAUGGACAAAUGCUGAAAUCCCAUAUCAAAAAGUAUACUGUGGUGAUGCGGACAAUAUAGUGUGAAUAAUAAUUACGUUUUAGUGACAAAUUGACGUUAUAUGUGUAAAUACAUGGCACGUGUGUACGUAUGCGUGUAAUAUAACGUUUAAGUGUACCUAAUUAAAUUGUAAGAAUAUCUGUUCGGAGAAUAUCUGUUCUGAGGAGGCUUUUAUCUAAUCGAAUGAAAUGUCUGCGCGCAAUUUUCGAAGCAGUUCUUCCUAAAAAUUUCGAAAAAAAUCGAUAUUUGCUGAAAUGUGUUGCAAGUGCUCGCGUUUAAUUUGUGUGAACGUGCUAUUGUAAAAAUAAAAAAGUAUGAACAUUUAUACUUUACUAUAUGCAUUUGCAUGCGCAAAUAAUAAAUUGGAAAAUUAUAAAAGACAUUUUUUUGUAACGCGGAAUAAUGAACUCAUCGCGCAAGCAAUCGCAUGUUAUUUUCGGUAGACUCUUCAUUUUGUACGUUAUUUUUAAAUGCCAAAUGAUGCCGAAAAUAUCGAUAUAUGAAUUGAACAAAGAUCACACCAUCAAAUAAAUUGUAAAUAAGCUUAAUUUUUCCAGUACUUUGUAAUUGAAAAAAGAAGAUAAAAACAGCAAUUAAUUAGCUUCUCAAAGUUUGUGAUUUUUUUAAAACUAUAUAAUAGUUUCUUCUUAAGUAAUAUUGUUAGUCAUUAAUGAAUGGAUGAAAAACAAUCACAAAGUACAAACGAUCUCGAAAAUAAAACUUUUAAACUUGGUGGACGUAUAGGAUAAGAGAUUUUUUUUUAUUCAUUAUGCAAAUCGCUUUUCGGAUUAUCGAGCUAGAAACGCAAUACACUAUCUGUCAUAAAGUUUGAUUUAUAACAUUUGUCUUACGAGAAGUACUAGAACUAUAUAUCUAAUGCCGCAUUUUAUUUUGCCAUGACGCACGAUUUUCAAAUCAACAAUAAUAUUAUAAUAAUAUAUUUAUAAAAAACGCAAAUGGAACGUGCUAAAGUAAUAUAAGAAUUCUAAUGUAAAUAAUAUAUAUGACAUUCUGCUGUAAUUUAUUGUCCAACAUUAAAAAAAAGUGAUAAAUAUUUACAUCUUGAUACGUUGACUAUUCAGUAUGAAUAAAUCUUGUAUGUAAAUUCUCUCUCUUUUUUGUUUCGGAUUA